AUGAGUUCUAUCCUAGCCCUUGGAGCAGGCGUCGCCGUAGCAGCAUUUCUCGGCAGAGCAGGGCUGGUAGCACUGCGCCGAUCGCGAGGAGAAGCCGUUGGCGCGCUCGGAAAGGCAUACUACAAGGGUGGAUUCGAGCCCAAGAUGAACAAGAGAGAGGCGUCCCUCAUCCUGCAACUCAGUGAGCGUCAACUCACCAGGGAGCGGAUACGCAAGAACCACCGCACGCUCAUGAUGCUGAACCACCCUGACCGAGGCGGGAGUCCGUAUCUGGCGACGAAAGUCAACGAAGCGAAGGAAUUUCUCGAGAAGAACUCGUAA